UACAAAUACCAACUGUACCAUAGCGUUAGGGUUUACUUCCAAAGGCUCCCUCUCAUUUCUGGCGAAAUCGGAAAAAUCGUUGAUCGGUAGAGUUCCAUCAUCCAUGUCGAUCUUCGAGUACAACGGCAGUGCCCUAGUGGCUAUGGUGGGGAAGAACUGCUUCGCCAUCGCCAGCGAUCGGAGACUCGGGGUUCAGCUCCAAACUAUCGCCACCGAUUUCCAGAGGAUUUCAAAGAUCCACGAUAAACUCUUCAUCGGUCUCUCUGGCCUCGCCACCGACGCUCAGACACUCUACCAGCGCCUCGUUUUCCGCCACAAAUUGUACCAGCUGCGCGAAGAGAGGGACAUGAAGCCCGAAACCUUUGCUAGCCUAGUCUCCGCUAUUCUCUACGAGAAAAGGUUUGGUCCAUACUUUUGCCAGCCUGUAAUUGCUGGAUUAGGAGACGAUGACAAACCAUUCAUUUGCACAAUGGAUUCCAUUGGAGCAAAGGAACUUGCAAAAGAUUUUGUAGUGGCUGGCACUGCAUCUGAGUCUCUUUAUGGUGCUUGUGAAUCAAUGUUUAAGCCUGACAUGGAACCAGAGGAAUUGUUUGAGACGAUCUCUCAAGCACUGUUAUCAUCUGUUGAUCGUGAUUGUUUAAGUGGCUGGGGUGGACAUGUUUAUGUUGUCACCCCAAUCGAAGUGAAGGAAAGGAUAUUGAAAGGAAGAAUGGAUUAACUUUUAGGCCACCCAAGUCACCCAUUUGUUGUCAUGUUGGUAUCAUAAGUUUGGAUUUAAAUGAAAAUCAUUUACCAUCAAUUGUGCAGACGGGUACCUUGGUAUUGUGGCAUUUAACUAGAUGCACUUCGAAAAGAAUUACGAACGGUUUUAGUUCAAUACUUAGAUUAUCAGUGAAAGUAAUUAUUGUUGAAGCAGUCUUGAGUGAAUUUAAGUUAUCA